UUUCUAAAGCGAUCUAAGGACAACAGAUAAACAGAUAGUAAUAAGUAUGACCUAAGACUGGCGGCCUUAGUGCCGGGUCAGAAUCUAGUCUCGUCUGGGGGGGGAAAAAAAAAGAGAGAGAGCGCGCGAGAGAAACCAGGCGGCCAUAUUUGUUUCUGGCAAGUGAGGGCCUCGGGAGGAGCUGAAGCCGCUCGCAGCCAUGAUUAGUGCUGGCACCACACGGGCACCGCCUUGGACGCCGCUAACCUGACGUCAGGCCUCUCGCCUAUCCCACCCGCUCCAGUUUUAAGCCAGCCCUUCCCGGGGUUCUGUCGGCCUCUCUCGGUUACCACACCCCGAAGCUGGCAAGACCUAAAGCGGAGAUAGAGAGAAGACCCGGAAGUGGUGAGGACCUCGCAGCACGUGAUGGGGGAAGCCGCCGGCGCUGUCACGUGACCCGCCAACCUGUUGUUCCUUGGUGCGGAAAGCUCAGCUGCUCUUAAAGGUCGCAGACCCUCCCCCGCCCCCUCGGAGCUCCCUCUGAACUCUCGUUGCCUUUGGACCACUCCGGGGACCUGAACUGGAUGUCAUGGGUGACAGUGCAGGCUCGCGGCGGCGCCUUUCGGAUUCCGAGGGCUUCUGGGCCUUUGCAACAACUUCUCUUACGUGGUGAUGCUCAGUGCUGCUCACGACAUCCUUAGCCACCAGAGAGUCCCCGGGAACAAGAGCCACGUUGACCCAGACCCAGUGCCCACCCCCUAUAGUAACUCAUCUCGAUUUGACUGCAACUCCGUCUCCACAGCUGCAGUGCUCCUGGCAGACAUCCUCCCCACACUUGUCAUCAAAUUACUGGCUCCCCUUGGCCUUCAUCUGCUGCCCUACAGCCCCCGGGUUCUCGUCAGUGGGGCCUGUGCGGCUGGAAGCUUCAUCCUGGUUGCCUUUUCUCAGUCAGUGGGGACCAGCCUGUGUGGUGUGGUCUUGGCUAGCAUCUCCUCGGGUCUGGGGGAGGUCACCUUCCUCUCAUUGACCGCCUUCUACCCCAGGGCUGUGAUCUCCUGGUGGUCCUCAGGUACGGGUGGGGCAGGGCUGCUGGGAGCCCUGUCCUACCUGGGCCUCACCCAGGCAGGCCUGUCCCCCCAGCACACCCUGCUGUCCAUGCUGGGCAUCCCCGCCCUGCUGCUGUGCAGCUAUUUUUUUUUGCUCACGUCUUCUGAGCCCCAGGACCCUGGAGGGGAAGAAGAGGCAGAGAGGGCAGCUCGGCAGCCCCUGAUGAGCAACGAGGCCCCAGAGGAGUCAAAGCCAGAUGCCAGCUCAAGCCUCUCCUUUCAGGAAAGGUGGACUGUGUUCAAGGGCCUGCUGUGGUACAUCAUCCCCUUGGUCCUGGUCUACUUUGCUGAGUAUUUCAUCAACCAGGGACUUUUUGAGCUCCUCUUCUUCCGGAACACGUCGCUGAGUCACGCUCAGCAGUACCGCUGGUACCAGAUGCUAUACCAGGCCGGUGUCUUUGUCUCCCGCUCUUCUCUUCGCUGCUGUCGUAUCCGCUUUACAUGGGCCCUGGCCUUGUUGCAGUGCCUCAACCUGGCCUUCCUGCUGGCGGAUGUGUGGCUCAGCUUCCUGCCCAGCAUCUACCUCGUCUUCCUGAUCAUUCUGUAUGAGGGACUUCUGGGGGGUGCUGCCUACGUGAACACCUUCCACAACAUUGCCCUGGAGACCAGUGACGAGCAUCGAGAAUUUGCCAUGGCAGCUGCCUGCAUCUCUGACACCUUGGGAAUCUCCCUGUCAGGGCUCGUGGCCCUGCCUCUGCACAACUUACUCUGCAACCUCUCCUGACACUGGGCUUCUUGGGACGCAGGACACACCGACGGGGGCCCACACUGACUGGAAGGAAGGUCAGAGCCCCGCCCACAGCCCAGAGCCUGUCCAUGAACUCCGCCCUCGGACUUCCUGCAUGGCCAGGGGCUGGACUGUAGAGAAGUGCUGCAGCUUUCACUCACUGACCUCAGGCAGUUUCUUCUUGGCAUUCUGCCCUCAGAAUAAAGGCCUAUUUUUAUCAAUUGA